AUGAGUUCCGAUGAAGUUGAUUCGGAUUCUGAUGUUGAGAUGAAGAAAGAAGAGGAACAGGAUGAUGAUAAUGGCACGAUGGACAUAGAGGAUUUGGAAGAACAAAUUGAGGCCACUAGGAAACAGUUGGCAGCUGACCCAUAUGAUGUUUCAAGUCACGAAAAACUGUGUGCCCUUUUGCGAAAGAACGGAGAUUUGGAUGAAUUGACCGAGGCGCGGAAUGCGUGGAAUGAUGUCUCUCCAUUGCCAGCAGCUGAGUGGAUUCGAUGGAUUAAGGAUCAACAAUCAAUUGAUGAUACCCUUGAAGCGAUGACAGCGAUUUUCGAAAAGUCUUUCCAAGAUUUCCAAUACGCGGACGUUUGGCUUGAAUAUGUUCAAUGGGCGUGCGGUCAUGGGCCUGAUUUUGCAAAGAAAGUAUUCGAGCAAGCUGUUGAAGCUAUUGGUCUUCGAUUUGACAAGGGUGCACUUAUGUGGGAGGCAUAUUUAGAUUUGUUGGCUAUCCUCUUUGAAGCGGCUUCUGAUGAGCAUCGGGAUAAAGAGUUUAAACUUAUCUGCACUUUCUGCAUGAGCGUUGGAUUGAAUUUGCUGACAAGUACGAUGUUGAUGAAACAAUCAAAAAAAGAGGUUGAGCAAGAGCACAACAAAACGGCUAAAAAGUUGGGAGAAUUUAAAACCUGGGAGAAAAAGCUAGAGGAAUCAGAGUUUUCCAUUGACGUAUUUUCGCAGUAUCUCGAAUUUGAGAAAGAUAGGGGCGACAUUUCUCGCAUCAAGUCAUUCUUUGAACGGAUCGUGGAGAAACAUCCCGAUUGCGAAAAUCUUUGGUACAAUUAUGGACAGUGGGUCGAGGAUACGCUAAAAAGAGCGGCUGAUAUACGAUGUGUCUACGAGAGGGCUACUAUGGUUGAAGGCCAAAGAGUAUCUUCGCCUGAUGAUGGUCGAGCUCUUUACACAACUUAUGUCUAUCUACUUCGGCGACGAGGUGAUUGCAAUCAAGACUAUUCACUGGCUGGGGAAAUCUAUGCCGAGGGUCAAAAAGUAUUGCAAGAAGCUUGGGGCCAUAAUUGGGAUCCUCAGUUCACCUUCAGGAAGAAUUACACUUGGUUUGCUUUCACUCGACUGAAGGAUUAUAAAUUGGGCCAUCGUUUUUGGGAAGACAUUCUCGCUUCUGGGGGUGGUCGUUUUGCUGAUAAAUGGUUGGCGGCGAUUCGAGAUGAGAGGCAAUUUGGUAACGAUUUGACCACGGCCAGAAAGAUGUUUUAUCGAGCUUUGAACUCGGUCUCGGAUCACCCGCAUCAAAUCUUCGAAGCGAUAAUCCAAUUUGAACGAGAAGUGGGCACUUUGGAACAGUUGCAGACGGCGCUGGACAAGGUUAAUACUCAAGUUCUGCAAAGAGCAAGCCGACCACAAAAGAAGGAACGAGAGGAUAACAAAACUCAGAAGCAUAAUUCAAAUCGACCAAAUACAUUGAGGCUUCUUCAGAUGAAGAAUACAUGGAGGAUGACGUUUUCUGAA